AUGGCCAAGAUCAGCACCUAUGGCCCUGGCAAGCUGGAGGUGGUACUGAAAUUCCUCCUUGGGGAGCUCCCGCUUAGCCAGGUGGUAGGCAUUCUGAAGGAGCUUGGGGUCAAGCUUGUCAUCCUUGGACAGUUUGGCCAGUACGAUUUUCCUCAUGGGUUCCUGGGAACGCAGAACUUGUUGAGCUACUGUCCAGCAGCGGAUCACUGGAGUGGUUGGUGGGGUUAUGACGGAUAUGCCUCAGGUCCGAGUUCUUGGGGAGACCACAACGAGGACUGGGUGAUAUGUAAAACGGGCAAGAACCAAUCUCCCAUUGACAUUAAGCCACAGGCACUCCUGUAUGAUCCACAGCUACAGCCGUUUAAGCUCGAGACUGCGUCGGUCAGCGGUACAUUUCGCAACAACAAGCGAGACCUGACGUUGCUCGUGAAUAAUAGUAAUCCCGCUGUAAACUUCACGGCGGGGCCGCUCUCCUAUACCUAUCGCCUUUACCAAAUCAAGCUGCACUUCGGAAGAGAAAACGUGUCUGGGUCAGAGCACCACAUCGACGGCAAGGCCUUUGCUGGGGAGAUUCAGUUUAUGGCCUAUAACUCGGAUUUGUAUGCAAAUCACUCAGUAGCCCAAGUCAGUCCCAGAGGCGUUGCUAUCCUGGCGGUGUUCAUAUCUGUUGGGGACUACGAGAAUUCUGCCUUCCAAUUUCUCCAAGAAAAGUUUUAUGUAAUAGACAAACAAGAUUCUUGCACGGAUGUUAAGCAUCUACCAGUAGACAAAUUGUUACCAAAAUCUCUUGACCACUACAUGACAUACGCUGGAUCGCUGACACAGCCCAGCUGCAGGGAGACGGUCACCUGGAUCAUAUUGAACAAGCCCAUGUAUAUUUCCUCAAAACAGUUAACCGAUUUAAGAAGAAUCCCAUACCAAGAAUGGAGAGAUUCAAACGCCAGACCUAUUAUGCCUUUAAAUCGACGGACCAUCCGAACUAAUAUCAAUUUCGGAAAAAGAACACGACUGUGUUCCAUGGAGGUCUCUAAGCGAUAUGUUGCUAAUCCCGACGUUGGACUGAGAUAGCGAGGAAUAACAUCCCUAGGAUUCUUAAAAAUAAAGCAUUAAACCUUGUGGAACUCAAAUUUGGUCCUAGCUCUUCCAAGCACAGAGAAUGUCGAAAAUAACAUGUUAAGCUCAAUGGUAUUGCAUUGAUAUAUACGAGAUAACGAAGGUUCAUGGACAAAAGGACACGAGUUAGGUGCUGUAAUGC